UUUCACAUGCCUUUGCAGAUUCGUUCCACUUGUUUUGCUGAGUUGCACCGAUAUCUUUAGCAGAUUCCACCGAACGCUACAUUGUAGUUGAUUGAACAAAGAGCCUCGCCCACGCUGGAAAAAAGCAAGAGUUUCAAGUGUUCUGCUCUGCGGGAAACGAGAUAACCACUGAGAAAACCAACACUAGCGUGUGCAAAAGGUCCGAUGUUGCAAGAGCUAAGAAGCGGUGAAAACACAAACAUCUUGCGAACGCCGUUCGAGACGGUCACCGAAGGAGAUGACAAGGCGGUAAAGAGCAGAAAGGAACUUCGAUUGGAGCGGAAAAAGCGCAAACUUCUCGCUCUCUCUGCGGUGAUGAUGUUGAAUGAUCAAGAAGGCAUCGGAAAACACAGCAGAAACGUUCACUCGACAGCCGCUUGCGAUCAAGCAGCAGUUACUGCCGACGACCAGGACACUUCAAUAGUGAGUGAAGCAAAAUUAAGAACAAUUCUUGCUAACAAUCACACGGCGUUCACCAUUACGGAGGAACAGAAAUCUGAUCCUGACCGUAGGGAGGACGGUCCAUUGGAAGCAAAGCGUCGGAAGGCCGAAGAAGUUUCCAACAUCAACAACAACGGUGUUGCGGCGCCAGAGGGUCCCGAGAGUUGUGCUAAUACGGCCACUUCCGUAGAUAGCGCAGAGGAGUAUCGUGCCCUGAAGGCGUACGUUAAUCAGAAGAAAAACAUGCGCUACUCUCCGCGCGUCAUACUAAAACCGGUCGGGCAGGAUGCGCUACUUGAUCGUCCGGUUAAUUGUGAUCGAAUUCCGCUCUUGCUAGACGAUAUUCAGGCCUUGCUGAUGUAUGCGCUUCUGCGCACGGACUCUCCACUUCAACCCCGCUGGGCCACAAUUCAUAAAAGUACGAAACUGACCCACACGAUGGUACUGAUCGUGGAGGGCUUCAGCUGCGAAGAUUAUGUGAACUUACGCGAACACAUGCCUGCCAGCAGCGCCAGCAACAGUGGAAUCUUUGGCACAGAACACACGCUUCAGGUAGUCUGUCCGACGAGCAAGCUCGUCGAGGAGAUGGCCUGCGUACCGCUUAGCGACACACACAAGGACAUUCUAGUGGCCGAGUACGGUUCGCUCGAAGCAGCCAUGCAGGUAUGUAAAGACCAGAUGCUAGUGCGGAGAAGCAUCUUUCGGAACAUACGCCAGUCGCCGGAUGUCCUGCACAAUGGGUUGGAUUACUCUGCAUUCGAUUUGCCGCCAACAGACAAGUACCCUAGAACGCAGCUCCUCCUCUCGCCUAUUCAGAUGAUCAACGAAGGCUACCCGCUACCACUGACAGGCACACUACAAAAUCGAUACAGGCACUACGUGACGACAAGUGACUUCUAUCUACCGGUUACCCCAAGAUCGCCGAUGUUCGGGUUGGAUUGUGAGAUGUGCGGUAUUGUCGGCAACAAAUCCGUGCUGACGCGUGUGUCGAUCGUCAACGAGGCAGGCGAUACUAUUUACGACGAGCUGGUGAAACCGCGCCAGCCAAUCGUUGAUUAUCGCUUCGAGUACUCUGGCAUUUCGAAGGAGAUGCUGGCCAACGUGACCAAGCGUAUCGAGGAUGUGCAGCAAGAAAUCCGAGCAUUGUUGCCACGGGACGCCAUUCUGGUCGGGCAAUCGUUAAACUGCGAUCUGGAUGCACUGCAGAUGAUGCACCCGUACGUGAUUGACUCGAGCAUCGUGUUCAACCUGACGGGAACCGCAACCCAGAAGGCGAAGCUGCGCUUUCUGACGAAAAAGUUUUUAGAGAGGGACAUCCAGUGCGGUACCGGCGGACACAAUCCGAUCGAGGAUUGUGCGGCAAGUUUGGAGCUGGUCCAACUGAAGCUGUCCAAGAGCAUUUACUUCGGCGACCAGUGGUUGCAGGAUCGCAGCAAAUACCAUCGAUUCAUCAAUGCUGGCGGACGGGUGGGCAUUGCCACCGAAUCCGAGGACACGGAAAUGCACGAUGAUGGCGGAGUGCUCCCAACGCAUCAGCAGCGCGGUCAGGAAAUCACAUCGACCCUGUUUGCCCACGCGAAAAAGCGCAACAAGCGGUCCGCCAUCGUUACCAACGACAACGAGGAGUUGAGUACCUUCGAGGCGUACUUCGGGGAAACGAUUCUGCAGAACGAGGGAGCCCACGAACCCAAUCAGGGAUCGCGCCAGUGGUUAUCGUUUGAACGGAAGCGUACGGCUGAGGAAGCUAUUCGAAAAGCGGCUGCCGACAGUUUGCAAUAUGAUUUUAAUUUAACCUACGUGAAACUACCGCAUGAUAUAGGACGCGACAGCAGCAAUAGUGAUGACGCCGAGGCGAAAAAGAUCGCACUCGCGCGCCAGAUCGACGGGUGGAUAGAGCUGUUGUACAAGGCGAUGUCGCUGAAUGGGCUGUUCGUCGUGUUGCUUGCGGGGCAAGAGGAGCAGGUGGGAAAAGCGAACCGCAUUGCGGUGGCCAUGGUACAGACAAAGAAGUAACAACGUUAAAGGACGAUGCACCAACACGGAUGGUACACACUUCUUCCCCGUUUGGCUCUUACAACUGCUGUGUUUCUGUUCUGUGUAUAAUGCGUUUUGAAUAAUAAUCAUGAAUAAAAUUCCCUAUUGAGUAAUAUAUAUGUA